GACUGUGCCACACCGGGUGGAGGCGAUAACGCCGGGGUUCGGGCUCGUUGCUGGGUGUAUGUGAGACGUUGUUGGCAGCUUCCACCACGUGAGAAGCCAUCAAAAUGUACGCCCAGCUGCGCACCGCCCACUACCGGGCCCCCCGCAGCCUCCGCCCCCAGCCCCAGCGAAGACUCCUCGCGACUCCCCCCCCGCCGCCUCCCCCCGCCUCUGGCCUCCCGCCGAACCCGCCUCCCCCCACCGGCGUCGUCCACCCGAGGCCGGCCGUCGCCCACGCCAAGCCGCCCGCCGUCCCCGGCUCGUCCACCGUGGCGAGGCCCCCUCCCGGCAGGCCCCGCCGCUUCCGCCGGGUGUUCGUCUACACCGCGCUCGGUGUCGCCGGCUUCUACGCGCUGUCCGGCUACGUCGGCACCAAGUCUGACGCGUACCGCGACCUCUUCACCCAGUACGUGCCGGGCGGCGAGGCGGUGGCGGACUAUGCAGACGACAACGACUGGGACAACGUGAGCGGGAAGGCCGUCCGGGCAUGGCAGUCCAUCACGGGCGCCAGGCCGGAGACCAGGACGGAAAAGGUCGAGCGGAAGAUUGGCGAGGUCAGGCAGGAGGCUGCCAAGGUCCCUGCGCAGGUAAAGGACAAGGCGGACGAGGCCAAGGACCACGUCGUCGGCAAGCACACGGCGUCUCAAAAGAUCCACGAAAGGGCCGAGGAGCUCAGGAAGGCUGUCGAGCAAAAGACCCACGAGGCCGAGGCCAGGCUGAAGGAGCUCACCGGCGAGGCCAAGCACAAGGUGCAGGAGGCAACCAAGGAUGCGCCAUUCAACUUUUCCGAGGGCGUGGAGGGUAUCGUCCGGGCAGCCGAGAGUGCUCUGCACAAGACGGAGCACAAGGCCGCUGAGGCUGCCGACAAGGUCAAGCCCGCCGAGGCGCGACCUUCAAGCCCCUUCCCCGACACCCAGCGACCCCGUGAGCUCAAGCCAGAGACGGUCACGCCUCAGGUCCCUUCCUACGAGGGCAAGAAGCUCUACACCGGUCCUCCUCUUCCGCUCGGCCACGAGCCCCCUCCCGGCUACUACCUCCCUCCUCCUCCGUCCACCAAGAAGGAGAAGGUCGAGGAAAAGGUCGAAGAGAUCAAGGAGAGGCUCCCCUUGCUUGUCCCCAAGGUCAAGGAGUUUGCUUCCGAGGAGCCCAUCAUCUCCCAGCUUGCUUCCACCAUUGACUCUCUGACGUCUUCCCUUUCCACCCCUUCCAAGGCCCUCUCUUCCGAUGCUACCGGUAUCCUGAACAAGGCCCAGGACGACCUGACUGCGCUCAACGCUAGGCUUCAGGAAGUCAAGAAGGCCGAAAAGGCAAAGCUUGAGCAGUCUAUCAGCGAGAAGAAGAAGGAGUUUGAGGCGCUUUUGAAGAGCAUGGAGGCUGAGAAGGCCAAGUCUGAGGAAGGAUUGAAACAGACUUGGCAGCACGAGAGACAGACUAUGGUUGAGGACUGGAGGAAGGAGCUGGAAGGCGAGUUGGAACAACAGAGGCAAAGUAUUGAACAGAGGCUCAGAGAAGAGGUCGUAUCCCAAGGUAUCGAGCUCCAGCGACGAUGGCUCCGUUCCAUCAAGACCCAAGUCGAGACUGAGCGUGGUGGCCGUCUCGCCAAGCUUGACAGCCUCACCACCUCGCUGAAACAGCUCGAGCGAAUCACCCUCGACAACUCUGCCACCCUUGACGACAAUGUCCGACUCCACAAGAUCUGGUCCGCCCUCCGAGCUGUGCAGUCCAAGGUCGACUCUGGUGAUCUUGCCUUUGACGACGAGCUCCGUGCUCUCAAGAGCCUCUCUACUCCCACAGCAAGCAGCGGUGAAGGCGUCGUCCGCUCCGCCCUUGAGCAGAUUGAAAAGUCUGGUAUCCCCCAAACAGGUGUCAAAUCCUUUGCCGCCCUCUCAUCAUGGUUCACCAACACUGUCGCUCCCCGAAUUCAAUCAUCCUCCCUCGUCCCCGCUCCUGAAGAAGCCACCGUCAUCUCCCAUCUUGCGUCCGCAGGUCUUUCCAAGAUCAUGUUCCGACCCCAAGCCGGACGAGUUCCCGGAGACAGCGUCGGUGCCGUCUUGGCUAGGGCCGAGUGGUGUCUUGCCGAAAAGGAUUUGGAUGGUGCCGCGCGAGAGAUUAACAGUCUGACAGGAUGGCCGGCCAAGUUGGCGAAUGACUGGUUGCAGCAGGCGAGGAGAAAACUCGAGGUUCAACAAGCGCUCGAGGUUGUGGCCACCGAGGCUACUUUGAGCUCUUUGCUCUUGGUCUAGUUAGGAAUAAUAAAAAAACGAAACUUACCAAUGGCAAAAGAUGCAUAAAUCAAGAUUAGAUU